ACCUGAACUUGCUUCAGGAAGGGAAAAAAAAGCGCCUGCUGGGCGGGUUUCCCCCCCUUCUUUCUGUAGCUGGCUGUAAGAAACAGGACGGGCGAGUCCGUGCCAAGGAGAAGGCGUAGACUUCCUCGUAACAUUUCCUCCGCCAUCUCCGCUUUAGUCUCCAGCACUGAGGGAGCGAGGAGGACCUUCUCGACCCGACCGAAGCUCCGUCUUUCUCCUCUUAGCGGCACAGCUCUCCUCCAGCUGACAUGGACUGGGGAACGGACCUUUGGGACCAGUAUGAUGUCAUCGACAAGCACACUCAGUCUGGCCUGGACCUGAUGGACCGUUACAUCAAGUUUGUGAAGGAGCGCACAGACAUUGAGCAAAACUACGCCAAGCAGCUCAGGAAUCUGACAAAGAAGUACAACAAAAGAGGAAAUAAAGAUGACCAGGACUGCAAAUACAGCAAUCAUGCUGCGUUCCAGGAAAUCCUGAAAGAGCUGAACGACUACGCGGGACAACGGGAGGUCAUUGCCGAAAGCAUGACCACCACCAUUUGUACCGAACUCAUUAAGCAUUUACAGGACCUUAAAGUGGAGCGCAAAAAUCACCUGUUAGAUGUCAAGAAGGCCCAGCAGAAUUUAGACACUGCUUUUAAACACCUAGAAACCAUAAAAAAACGUUCUGCCAAGGAGUGGGCAGAGGCUGAGAAAGCAACACUACAAGCAGAGAAAAUUGAAAGUGAUACCAACUCUACCAAGCCGGAUGUCGACAAAGCUAAACAGCAUGCAAACGUGCGGACACACAUAGCAGACGAGUGCAGGACGGACUAUGCUGCAGAGCUGCAGAAAUACAACAAGGAACAGAAGUCCCACUAUUACUCUGAGAUACCACAGAUCCUUAAUAAACUGCAGGACAUGGAUGAACGGAGGAUCAGGAUCCUGGCGGAGAAAUAUUGUCGCUUUUCAGAAAUUGAAAAGAACGUUCUGUCCAUAAUCACAAAGUGUCUCGAUGGAAUUACUGCAGCGGGAAAACAAAUUGAUGAGAAAAAGGACUCCAAACUUUUGAUAGAACAACAUAAGUCUGGGUUUGAACGACCCGGGGAUGUGGAAUUUGAAGACUACACCCAGGGAGUUAAAAAAGCUAUUUCUGAAUCCAGCCUCAACCCACCAAAAGUGCGCGGCAAGCUUCGGCUGUUCGGAAAGAAGCACAAGGCACAAUCAGAGGACUUCUCUCACCUUCCUCCAGAGCAGAGGAAGAAGAAGCUGCAAGCCAAGAUUGAGGAAAUCAGCAAAGAUCUGCAGAAGACUCAGGACCAAAGUGAAGCACUGGAUAAGAUGAAGGGCGUGUAUGAGCAGACUCCACAGAUGGGAGACCCUGCCAGUCUGGAACCACAGAUCUUAGAAACUUCCCAGAAAAUAAGCCGCUUGAAGGGGGAGCUGAAUAAAUAUGAGACAUGGCUUUCAGACAUAGUAGGAGGAGAGGAAUCGCCCAGCACCAUCAACAACAACAGUCAACACGGGAAUGACAAUUCUCAAAACAUCUACACAAGUUUUGAGGAGGAUUUUGAUGACAUACCAUCGCCCAUCGGCCACUGCGAAGCUUUGUACACCUUUCAGGGCAACAGCGAAGGCACUGUUUCCAUUUUGGAGGGGGAGCUGUUAACCAUAAUGGAGAAUGACAAAGGAGAUGGAUGGAUGCGAGUCCUGAAAGGCAAUGGGGAGGAGGGCUACAUACCUUCAUCCUACGUCAAGCAAACAGCCUAACUUCCAUUACUGAGAGGUUAAAAGCCAGCGUGGAAUACAAAGCCAUUCAAAACAACUGGAGUUGUUGUUCAAAUCUUUGAUGUCAGCCACAUUGGGGUGAAUGGGAGCUGUUAUGGGCGUGGACUCCAGAAUGCUCCCCCAUCUCUGACCCCCCUCUGGGAAGUGAGACUGAGCCAUAAAAAGCUAAAUAUCAGUCCUGCAUUAUUCCUAUAGAAUUUAUAAAAGCGACAAAUUUUGAAUGUAGUUACGACAAUUCCUGUAACUCCCGCUUCAUUGUACAUUUAUUUUAUUCCAAUAUUUUAUGAAUAUUUUAUUGCUCAACUUGACUUUUUUUUCUGUCAGUUCUUUCAACCUGCUGAUGCUUUUUUUCUCUAGCUUUUCACUUAAACCACUGUCCUAAAAAUAAUGUGAGGUAUUAAUCAUAGUUAUUUUGUGUUAAUAAUUGAAUGAAAACCACUACACAGUUGGGAGUGUGCAAAAUAUCUUAAGCAAAUAUAAAAUUUUCUUCUUUUCUUAAAAUAUGUUUAUGUUUUGUGAGUUGAAGCAUUCCUUCCCAUGAUGAUUCCAGGACUUUUUAAAAAAGUGCUCCUCGUGAACUUAAAGAUUACCGCAGGUUUCACUCAAAGAAGAGAUUUUCCAUCAUGUCAUCUGCAGCAAAGCUGGAGCAUAACAAAGAAACCGCUUGAGUCAAUACGUAAGGUAGAAAAAGGGCUAUAUAAGUAUACGCCAUUUACCAAUACAAUAAAAAAAAAUGAAGAAUUAAAGCUAACACUGUUGAAGUGUUUUUAUUCCAUUUCUAUUGAGAAAGAAAAUGAUUACAACAGCUUUUAGGGUUAAUUGGGGUACUUUUAGUACAGUAAAAACGUUCCACAAUGGUAACAUUACAUUUUAGCUUCUGUGUGAUCUCUUGUGAAUUUUGGAGAGACUAGGGAAACAAAAAAUACUUAAAAACAGAUUAAAUCUUGGUGCAAAUCCUCUAUUAUACAAAUUUUGUUGAAAGGCUGUUUUUAAUUUUUAUAUAAGAUAUUUAAAUACUGCUAUUCAAAAUGCAUUUUAUGGUAUUUAAUUUAUGCCUAAGUAUAGCAAAAAUGUGAAUUUAUAAAUAAUUUUGAAGAUUUUGUGCAUAGAAAAGCUGUUUUAGAAGGAAUUAUUUUGCUGGGGGGGAUUGGAUUAGAAACCCUUCAAUGUAACUUAAGUCUGUCCAAUGACUGGCCACUUUUCCAUUCCUCUUAAUUUUAUAAAUUCACCCACUUUUUCUUUUUCUUUUUUUCUAACACUGACCUACAAUCUAUUUUAGCAUUGAAAAACCAAUUCGGAGGGAUGACUUAACUUUGUUUUUGCAAUGAGCAUGAAGAACACAUUUAAAAUGUCAACAUGACUACUUUAAAAGUAGUGUUUGUAGGUCAAAUCUUGAAUCCUUUGUGCCAUGGCUAAGCGAUUUCACCGAUAAACAAUCUUCUGAAAAAGUUAUGAAGAUGGUCCUUAAAAGGAAUCCUUCCAAAUAUUGCUAAGGAGUACUUUUAAAAGGAUUACAGGAAUUUCUGGAUUCCUUUUUUAAAAAACGUAAAUGUUUAAUACAACACAAAACCGCUACUGUCCUUUUAGGCUUUGGAUAUCUGGAUAACUGGGGCUUUGUUUGUUCUUCAACACUUAAUGUUAAUUAUUAAGCUAAAAUGGCAAAUGUGAGCUGGAAUAACUGCACCUGAAUAUUUUUUGUUUCUUCUCUUAAACAAGCUACAAAGAGUUUACUCAUCUGUUUUCCUGCUACUCAAACUAGCAAAUGUUUUGUCACCAUUUGAGAGGAUUUACCUGUGUGAUGUGUUUUUUUUUUAUCUUUGUUUCAUUGUAUUUACGUGUAUUAUAAAAUAAUAAUUACAUUUCCGUUGAUGUUGAAAUAAAACGCAUCCAUGGACU